ACGUAAUGCUUGUAUGUAGUCGAUUAGUCGUAUUGCAUCAGUCGAAGGUGAUAUAAGGGAGUUUUUGAUAAAUUUUGCUUUUGGUUAUGUGUUUUGUCAGUCUACACAAAACACUUGGAAGGACAGUGUUAGAUCAUCAAUCACGAAUGUACGAUAAAAACUUGUGAUAGAAAAGUGAUAGAUUGUAUUUUUAUUUGUUAUUAUAUAUAUAUAUAUAUAUAUAUAUACAUGAAUGUACAUGAAUGAAUAUGAGUGCAUUGAAGAGCGUUGUCAUCGCAUUUCCUAAGGGUCUUUCCAAGGGAUCUGCUAUUGUGCCCAAUAACGACCUUGUCAGAUCGGUUCCAAAAUUAAAUUUUUCAACGUCGAUUUUAACCGAUAAAACGACGGAAAUGGAUAUAACGAGAAAAAUACCAAAGCAGGAAGAACUCCACGAGGAAAGUGCAUUUUUCAAACCAGAUGUCUGUAUUAGAGGAAAAAAACGUCGUCUUGAUCAUCUCACAUGGGAGGAAAAAUUACAGAGGAAGAAAUUAAAGAACAGAGUAGCAGCACAAACUUCGAGAGAUAGGAAGAAAGCUAAAUUGGAUGAAUUAGAAGAAACUGUUAGAACGUUGAGGGAAAGAAACGAUGUAUUGACCCAAGAAUGUGCUUUAUUGAAGUCACAAAAUGAGUCGCUUAUAAGUGAAACAAAAAUAUUGAGGAGAGAAAGGGAAACGAGUAAUAUGAGCGAGCAACUUUGUUCAUCGUGUCAGGCUCGUGUCGGUUGUCCUGUACCUUCACUGGGAUCUGCAGUAUCCCCACAAAACCCUCUGCCGCAGGGUGGGACAGUACAGUCGGCACCAUCCCUGACACUAACACCAGGAGCAGCCAUAUUGCUGAAGAUUAUGACCCUUUACCUCCUCUCGAAGAAUUAUUUGGAGAUCUCCAAGGGGAUGAUUACAUCGAUCGACUCGAAGAACUUGCAGAAAGCCUCCUUCGAGAAGUUACCGCAGAAGUGGAAGCAAAUUCUCAUAGAUCAAAUGAACAAGUGUCAGACGAAGAAAAUACAAUUAAAAAAUCUGAUAAUUCAAAAAGAAUGGUGGGGCAGACAUCAAAAAAUGUGGAAACCGAUACAAUCGCUUGUAGAAGCGUGAACGAUUACGAUAAUUGGCAUCUUAACUGUAGCACAGACGUCACGCAUAUUCUUCUAGAUAAUACACGAACGACACCGGUAUCCAUUAAAAAUGAAAUUGAAGUUAAACAAGAACCCGAUAUGAACGAUAUGGAAACAGUAUAUGGUACAUACGACGAAACUACAAA